AUGGGCGUGGAGGAGGUCGCCGCCCUGGUGGUGGACAGCGGCAGCGGCUUGUGCAAGGCCAGCUUCUCGGGCGACGACGCCUCGCGCGCGGUGUUCCCCUCGAUCGUCGGGCGCCCCAAGAUGCCGGGCAUCCUGGUCGGGAUGGACCAGAAAGACAGCGACGUGGUCGGCGAGGCGCAGAGCAAGCGCGGCGUGCUGUCGUUGAAAUACCCCGUCGAGCACGGCAUCGUGGCGAAUUUGGACGACAUGGAAAACAUGUGGCACCACACGUUCUACAACGAGCUCCGCGCGGCCCCGGAUGGGCAUCCCGUGCUCAUCGCCGAGGCGGCCCUGAACCUCAAGGCGAAUCGCGUGCGUAUGACCCAGAUCAUGUUCGAGGCUUUCAACGUGCCCGUAAAGUACGUGGCCAUCCAGGCAGGCGACGCCUUGACGCACGCCAUCUUGCGCCUCGACCUGGCCGGACGCGACCUCACGGAGUACCUGAUGAAGAUCCUUGAUGUGCGCGGCUAUUCUUUCACGACCAAAGCUGGGCGCGAGAUCGUGCGCGACGUCACGGAGAAGCUCUGCUACGUUGCCCUCGAUGUCGACGCGGAGAUGAAGUUUGCCACGGAGGUUUCGGACAAGGAGAAGGUGCUAUUCCAGCCCAGUUUCGUCGGCAAGGAAGCCAGCGGCAUCCACGACACCACCUGCCAGUCCAUCAUGCAGUGCGACGUCGACCUCCGCAAGGACCUCUACGCCAACAUGGUGGUGUCCGGCGGCGCCGCCAUGUUCCCAGGGAUCGCGGAGCGCAUGGUCAAGAAGCUGCAUGCCCUGGCGCCAUGGACGAUGAAGAUCAAGGUCGCGGCCGCGCCCGAGCGCAAGUAUGCCGCGUGGAUCGGCGGGUCCAUGUUCUCUUCGCUGAGCACCUUCCCAGAGGUUGCCAGAAGCUAA